CUAAAUGUAUGUAUUAAUUGCUGCCAACCGAUGAUUACUAGUUAUUAUUUCUUCAUAUAUAUUACCGGCGAUGAACAGCAUUGGCAAAGACUGUAAUGAACUGAAAAGACAAUACGAAAACUGUUUUAACGGCUGGUUUGCCGACAAAUAUCUGAAAGGUGUGGCCGUAGCCGACGGCGGCGGUGACCAACCGUGUCAGCUGUUGUUCAAACUGUAUCAAAGUUGUGUGAAAAAGGCAUUGACUGAACAAAAGAUCGACAUCUGGGAGAUCGAUAGGAAUGUCUUGGGAACCGAUGGCGAAUCUAAAGAGCCCAACAACGAUAAGUCGAAGAAAUAGCGGUAAAAUAAAAACAUUUAUAGUAUAGUCAGUCACACCCGUUC